AGGCUUCGAUCAACAUUCCAACUCAUUUCUACAAGUUAAUGGAGAUAAUUGGUUUCUUGGAGCCUGAUUUGAUGUUGAUUCCAGCUGCUUGGAUCUUUAUCUCGCUUGCGUAAUCGAUUCUGGACAGAAAUCAGGUUCAGAAGGAGUGUGAGAGAAAAUGCUGACGUGCGUCGCUUGUUCGAAGCAGCUCGGCGGCGGAUCGCUUCAUGAACCAGAAGGCGAGGAGACCGGCGGUACACCGAGCACUAAGCAAGCAAUUAAAGCUUUAACCGCUCAGAUCAAGGACAUGGCAUUGAAGGCAUCGGGAGCAUAUCGCCACUGCAAGCCAUGUUCGGGAUCGUCUGGACAUCAACAUCGCCCGAACUACGCCGAGUCUGAGGCUGCAUCGGCGUCGGAGAGGUUUCACGGCUCUUACCGUCGAACGGGGACGUUUAGCUCUAGCUCUACGCCAAGGCUGUGGGGCAAAGAGAUGGAAGCGAGACUGAAGGGGCUCUCUAGCGGUGAAGGGACGCCUCCAUCGGUUAGCAGUCGAACUGAAUCAGUUGUGUUCAUGGAGGAAGAAGAGCCAAAGGAGUGGGUUGCGCAGGUUGAGCCUGGUGUUCUCAUCACAUUCCUUUCGCUGCCUCAGGGAGGCAACGAUCUCAAGCGGAUCCGCUUCAGCCGGGAGAUGUUUAAUAAAUGGCAAGCUCAGAGGUGGUGGGCAGAGAACUAUGACAAAGUCAUGGAGCUGUACAAUGUCCAGAGGUUCAAUCGCCAAGCUGUCCCACUGCCAACCCCACCAAGAUCUGAGGAUGAGAGCUCAAAGAUUGAAUCAGCUGAGGACAGUCCAAUGACACCGCCAUUGAGCAAAGAGCGCUUACCUCGUAACUUCCAGCGUCCAAUGGGAAUGGGCUACUCAUCCUCAGAUUCACUUGACCACCACCCAAUGCAAUCUCGCCAUUACCAUGAUUCAGGUGGCCUCACUUCAACACCAAAACUUUCUAGCAUCAGCGGGGCGAAGACUGAGACAUCAUCUAUGGAUGCGUCUAUAAGGACAAGCUCAUCAAGGGAGGGAGAUCGCUCUGGAGAGCUUUCUGUUAGUAAUGCUAGUGAUCAGGAGACAGAGUGGGUUGAACAGGAUGAACCUGGUGUCUACAUUACAAUCAGAGCAUUGCCUGGUGGUGCAAGGGAGCUCAGACGCGUCAGAUUCAGCCGUGAUAGGUUCGGGGAGAUGCACGCAAGGCUGUGGUGGGAAGAAAACAGAGCCAGAAUACAUGAACAGUACUUGUGAUUGAGGAAAUGUUAGCUGCUAGCGGUGGUGGUGGUGGUGGUUCAGCCGCCCCCCAACGGCGGCAUUAUGUGUCGCAGGCACCCGCCAGCUUUGUUGAUUGGAUCCCUCUCUCUCCCACAGUGCAUAACAAACUGCACAUGAAUGUUUAUUGGAGGUUGUGCUUCUCUCUCUCUCUCUAGGUGAAUUGGGGAUUAAGUGUAAGUAGAUGUUGCCAGAAGGGAUAUGAUUGGUGGGUAAAAUGAUAGUUAUAGAUAAAAGUAUCUGUUCAAGUUAAAAGCAGCUCACAGUAAUAUACACUUUGGCAUUUGCUAUUCGU